GGGUUUGAAGCUGCACCGCCAGGGAGCGAGGCCGCAGUGACAGCGCGGGGCGCUCGGACCGCGGCUGCCCCGCAGCGCCCGGCGGCGUCCGGCGCUCCGGGCCCGACAUGGCAGUCCCAGUAGGCCCGCGCGGCUCAGAGACCGAGCGGCUCCUGACACCCAGCCCUGGAUAUGGGACCCAGACAGGGGCUUCCCCAGCCCCUUCAACCCCUCCAGAAGAGGAAGAUCUCCGUCGCCGUCUCAAGUACUUCUUCAUGAGCCCCUGUGAUAAAUUCCGGGCCAAGGGUCGCAAGCCUUUCAAGCUUAUGCUGCAGGUGGUGAAGAUCUUGGUGGUCACUGUGCAGCUCAUCCUGUUUGGGCUCAGCAACCAGCUGGCGGUGACGUUCCGGGAGGAGAACACCAUUGCUUUCCGGCACCUCUUCCUACUGGGCUACACGGAUGGGGCAGAUGACACGUUCGCAGCCUACACGCGGGAACAGCUAUACCAGGCCAUCUUCUAUGCUGUGGACCAGUACCUGAUGCUCCCAGACGUGUCCCUGGGCCGGUAUGCCUAUGUGCGGGGCGGGGGCGGCCCCUGGGCCAACGGCUCAGCCCUGGCCCUCUGCCAGUGCUACUACCACCGGGGACACGUGGACCCAGCCAACGACACAUUUGACAUUGAUCCAAUGGUCGUCACGGACUGCAUCCGGGUGGACCCCCCUGAGAGACCCCCCGUCCCCCCCAGUGAUGAUCUCUCCCUCUCGGAUGGCAGCGCCAGUUACAGGAACCUCACGCUCAAAUUCCACAAGCUGAUCAACGUCACCAUCCACUUCCAGCUGAAGACCAUUAACCUCCAGAGCCUGAUCAACAAUGAAAUCCCAGACUGCUACACCUUCAGUAUCCUGAUCACAUUUGACAAUAAGGCACACAGUGGGCGUGUCCCCAUCAGCCUAGAGACCCAGGCCCAUAUCCAGGAGUGUAAGCACCCCAGCGUCUUUGGCCAUGGAGACAACAGCUUCCGGCUCCUGUUUGACGUGGUUGUGAUCCUCACCUGCGCCUUCUCCUUCCUGCUGUGUGCCCGCUCACUGCUCCGAGGCUUCCUCCUGCAGAAUGAAUUUGUCAGGUUCAUGUGGCGACGGCGGGGACGGGUCAUCAGCCUGUGGGAGCGGUUGGAAUUUGUCAAUGGCUGGUACAUCCUGCUGGUCACCAGCGACAUGCUCACCAUCUCGGGCACCAUCAUGAAGAUUGGCAUCGAAGCCAAGAACCUGGCAAGCUACGACGUCUGCAGCAUCCUCCUGGGCACCUCUACUCUGCUAGUCUGGGUUGGAGUCAUCCGCUACUUGACCUUCUUCCAUAAGUACAAUAUCCUCAUCGCCACGCUGCGGGUGGCCCUGCCCAGCGUCAUGCGCUUCUGCUGCUGUGUGGCCGUCAUCUAUCUGGGCUACUGCUUCUGUGGCUGGAUCGUGUUGGGGCCCUACCACGUGAAGUUCCGCUCACUGUCCAUGGUGUCCGAGUGCCUGUUCUCGCUUAUCAACGGGGAUGACAUGUUCGUGACCUUCGCGGCCAUGCAGGCGCAGCAGAGCCGCAGCAGCCUGGUGUGGCUCUUCUCUCAGCUCUACCUGUACUCCUUCAUCAGCCUGUUCAUCUACAUGGUGCUCAGCCUCUUCAUCGCACUCAUCACAGGCGCCUACGACACCAUCAAGGGAAGCCAAGCCAUUGGAGUAGGAAAUGGCAGCCCACUCCAGCAUUCUUGCCUGGAAAAUCCCUUGGAUAGAGGAGCCUGGUGGGCUACAUUCCCUAGGAUUGCAAAGAGUCGGACACGACUGAGUGACUGAACACACCCAAACCAAGCCAUAGAGUUUCAGUGACCCACCCAAGGUUGGCUACUAGGCAGAUGGUGAACCCAGCUCAUCCCGAAACUUGUGUGAUUCCAGAAGUGCUGCUCCCAACCCCUCUGUCCUGUGGGUCUGGGGAAUGGUGGUGGUCCUGUAGGCUGCAUGGCCCAGAGCAGAAGGUGGGCGUGACAGGUAGACAGACUCUUUCAGCAGAUAUGUUUGGGAGCGUGUUGUGUGCCAAGCCUGGUGCCAGGUGUCUGUCCAGCACUGGUGGGCAGGAUGGAUAAUGGACAAACCAGAGUAUGGCGAUCUACUGAUGGGAGGUGGUAUAAAAAGGAAGUACUGAAGGUUACAGAGGUCCCUUGCUUUAGACUGGUGUUGGGCUGAGUCCAGGCAAAUUUCUCAAAUGUGCUGUCUGGUCUCUGGCCACACAGGUGACUAGUUACACUUUGACUUUCAUGAAAAUGAAACAAUUUGAAAUUCAGUUCCUCACUCACACCAGGCAUAGAGCAAGCACCCAAACGCCAGUGUGGUUAGUAGCUCCCAGAUUUAGACAGCACAGAUAUCAAACCUUUCCAUCAUCUCAGAACAUUCUGGAUUGAUGAGACAAGAGCCCAGGAGAGAGCACACCAGGGAGAAGGAACUGCCAGAAAGGAUUUGGAGAAGAGAGUGGUCCCAUGAGGUUGGGAAGGGCAAAAAAGAGCCUGAAAGCCAGAACUUCCCUGCAACUGGGAAUGCAGAAGACUGCACUGGCCUGUGCCUGGACAUACAGCCAGGCGACAGACAUACUUCUGUCACUCAGACCCAAGGACCCCUCAUCGGUCUUCCUCUAGCACAUUAAGAUCACACGUGUGUGUCAGCCUUGGGGGUACAAACCCAGACCUUGCUUCUGCUGUGUGCACCCAAGUCAGUAGGUGGUUGCCAAGCACCCAGAUUGGGUCCAGCAUGGCUCUAGGUGGUGGACUCACAGGUGGAGAGGGCACAUUCAGUGGUCAGGGAAUGUCUCCAGGUGAAGCAAAGCACGGGGAACCAGCAGGUGGAGGGCACAGCAUGUGCAAAACCCCAGAGGAGGGAGCCUGGUUGGUCCACCAGGAUCAGGGAGGAGAUU